AUGUACACACACACACGUGCAGAUCCAUGCGCACACGCGGUGUGCAGAAGCCAGCUCCGCACCUCUCCCAGCAUCUCUCCAGCUGCGGGCACCCCCAAGCGCCAGCACUCGCUGUCCCCCCGUCCCCUCCCACCCAAAGGCGGCCCGAGGUCCUGCUCCGCUCCCGGGAGCGAGUCGUGGCCGUGCGAGGACGGAACCGCCCGGCACCGCAGCAGCCCCGGCACCGGCGGCGGGGCGGAGGUGUGUGCCGGCAGCGGCGGCGUCGGGAGGCACAACGGGCCGGAGAGCGGCGUACGGCAGAUUUUGGCUCGGUUCGGCACGCUUUGGGACGGCUCAGCACGGCUCGGCUCGGCUCGGCGGCAGGAGAUGCACCCGCAGGAGUCAGACCGCCCAUCACAGCCCAUCUCCCUUUGGGACCCUCCCCGUGGUGCGGUGAUGGAGCGGGAGAGGGACGUGCAGACUCAGGAAGAGUGCGAGGAAGAGGAGGAUGGCUGUGAAGAGCUUUCGCGAGCAAGGAGUCUCUCGCUGCCGAGCAGGACUCACCUCCGCAAGCCUGAGCAAGCGCUUGUUCAAGUGACCGGUGCCAGCCAAGGGUUUCCUCUGCGCCUCCAGAAAGGCAAGCCUGAGCGCUUUCCGGGCUCACUGUGCUUCCCUGGAGCUCUGAGACCGGGGUCUCCAGCCAGUGAAAUGGAUGCAGCCUCGAAGACCCUAUAUCACAUGCCCAGCCAGUGGCACGCCAAGCACUCGCCCAACUCCCCAUGUGCUGGGUAA